AUAGAAAUAAACACGAAUAGGCCGCAGCUGUUGCGGCUGCACCCAUUUCGCUGCCAUCUCGCUCGGUGCGUGUUAUCAGCCACACUGUUCACAUGGCCCACAUCGAGACUUCGCUUCAACGCCGAUGCUACACGUCGACGAUAGCAGCGCUGGGCCUUGUGGCACUGUUUUCCUUGGGCUUUGCGAAGCCCACCCUGAGACGCUAUCCGCUUAAUUCCUGCUUAACGUCCGCAUCGGCCAGGAUCCAAAAUGUCGUAGUCCAAAGCAAAAUGGACCGAGGACAGGCACUGCUUUCCUUCGACGUCAUUGUGACAGGACGCCUGGUGGACCCUAAAGUUCGCGUCACUGCGCGUGGCGAAGAAUUGAGCCCUCUCACACCGGAUUACCACCUGUGCGAGCUACUGAAACCAGGACCCAAGGGCGCACCCUCAAAACCGUGUGACUUCAAGCCCAAUGUGUACCACGCGGAAAUACAGGUUUCAGGUUACCAAGCGUUCUACUUAACGACGGAGGGUGGGAAGAGUGACGUGCGCUUCGAAGUCAUCGACAACGGAGCAGUCGUGGGAUGUAACUCGAGUGAGCCGUGACUGCUCAGCGUGGACAAUGAUUCUCUGAUCACUCGUUUGAGUGAAUUGAACGAACAAUCAGCACGUCCUGUCUAUGCACAAUGCGGGAGGCGUACAAUGUUCUCUCAGAGCUUUAACAAACAAUGUUCCGCUUGACCUGCUCUCGGCGUCAGCGAGUCCAUCUCUCCUGAUAUGGUCACAAGGUGGUGCAGUAGAAUGAAAAUAAAAAAAACAUGCCAGAUUGACGCCUGCUUAUACGCCCGUAAAGGUGACGGCGUUGCGCACGAAAUGUUUCAAUAAA